CACGAGGGCAGGAACAACAAUCACCUGCGUUUUUUCUUCCUGCACCUGCCCAGAAAAGACCGAUCGGCCGAUAUUCGGGUCAUCAAUCAACUGCAAGCAAUCCAAUCUUGAUGUCUCACCUCAAUUGAAGAUUGGUCGAUCAUCUUGAAUACCUCAUCAUUGGCAUCAAGGCUUGACUGACUUUUAAGCAAAUGCCAAGCUAGAGCCUUGUUCUCAUCGUGGCGCGUGUCAGCCCCGCCAAAUAAAUCUCUCCAGAUUCGCUACACACGUCCUACGUCACCACUCUUUCGAUUCCCCAUAGCUUGAGAGGUGAUCAUCCUCUACAAGCUUUCCCAAGGUCUGAAGAGGCCUUUGGACUGCACGAAUUGUUCAUCAUGGCGCCCUCACGAAGUGCCUCCUCGAACGCCGCCGCCAGAGCUGUCAAUCGAACAGCCUCGUCUGGUUCAUUCCAUGCUGGCGCGCCGAUCCCUACCCUCAGCUCCCUGCGACGACAGUCUCAUCGAUACCAGACUUUUCCUACCACUCCGCCAAAGACUCCUCUCGAACAGCCGUAUGCCCCGUCGAAUGGAAGCGAUUCCGAAGAUGACGACGAUCAAGAAGAGACGCCUUUGCCUGUGCGACAGCUGCUGUUGCUGGCGUUUCUCUCCCUUGCGGAGCAGACCGCGCUGAACUCGAUAUCGCCGUAUUUACCUGAAAUGGUCCUCAAUAUGCCCGGUAUCCCUGACGACGAAGCUGGUUUAUAUGUCGGAAUACUCGCGAGUUCUUUCGCAUUGGCGCAGCUGUCGACCAACUUCCUCUGGGGAUAUGCCUCGGAUGUCAUUGGACGCAAGCCAGUUCUGAUCAUGGGCACGACCGCUCUGAUGGGGUGUUUCUGCGUCUUUGGUUUCUGCAAGGAAUACUGGCAGAUCGUUGUUGUACAUGUCGCAAUGGGCCUUCUCAAUGGAAAUGCCGCGUGUGUUCCGACUGUACUGGGAGAAGUCACGGAUCGCUCCAACCAAAGCCGCGCUUUCACAUACUUGCCCGUUAUUUACUCUCUUGGUAGCAUCACCGGACCUGCGCUAGGUGGCAUUCUUGUCGGCAGGAUGGGCAAAGAGUACCCUUAUCUUGCCCCCAACAUUCUGUCCGCUGGUCUCCUCGCUCUCAGCGUGGUGGUGGUCAGCAUCUGGUUCGAAGAGACCUUGGACAAGACUGAAGUCAGCUUUGAGAAGCCCGCCUGGGUCGAGAAGAUUAUUUCCUGGUUCUCUUCACCCACACCCCCGCCUCGACGAGCAUCUUGGAGCGCGCGCUGGCCUCGAUCCCAAUCCCAGAACCAGCCCCUUCUUUCCUCCGGACGAGCGCUCGAAUCGGAAUCCGAUGACGAAGAUACCGAGAACGACGACGACGAUAGCGAUAACAAGGUGGACCCGGCAAUGUCCGCAUGGAAAGACCUUAGCCGAACCACGAUCCUCAUUCUGUUCACGUAUCUCGUCUUCCAACUCUCGAACAUCUCCUUCAACAGCUUAUACCCAAUCUUUGCCGCUACACCUCCACCUGCCGGCCGCGACUUGUUGCCCAGUAAGAUUGGCAUCAGUCUGAGUAUUGCAGGUUUGGCAAGCUGCAUCUUCCAGGCCUUCCUCUUCCAAGCGCUCAAGGUCAGAUUGGGCAAUCUCGGUACCUACCAAAUCUCGCUUCUGGGACUGGGUAUCAGCAUGCUGCUCAUGCCGUGGGUUGGCUAUGCCGACAGCAAGCCUUUCUUUGGCCUGGGAAGCGGCAAAAUGUGGCUGUACAUCGAGCUUGGAGUGGUGUUGAUCUUGAAGAACCUCUGUGCCGUGGGUGGUCUUUCUAGUGUCAUGCUUUUGAUCACCAACUCUGCCCCGUCGCACUCGAGCCUUGGGAGCCUCAAUGGCAUGGCGCAAACCCUAUCUGCUCUGGGUCGCAGCUUCGGGCCAUUCGUUUCCGGUGGCCUGUUCAGUCUGUCCAUCAAUAUCCAGCCCAAGGGCGAGGCAUUGGCUUGGAGUAUCUUCGGCGGUCUGGCCAUUUUGGGCUGGGUCUCAUCUCUCUUCAUCCGCCGCGACGGCCUUGAGAGCGACGAUUGGCAGGGCUCAGAUGAGAACCUCGCCGAGCAGGAGGGUGACGAGGCCUAAUGAGGCCUAAGCUUACCGCGACAAAACAACCAUAAAAAUUACAAUAGACCGCAUUGGCAUUUAGCAUUGGAUGGGUGGAGUGCAUUUGGGACAUGGCCAUUUUGACGCAUUGCCCGGGCGUAUUGGAGAACUCGCAAGGGCUGCUUUUGAGAGUUGAGAGACGAAGUAACGAUGAAGACGUACCACUUUGGGAUUUACCACUGUACAAUUGAUAGAUAGAGUUAGAUAAACCUGCUUUCAUUUGAGCCGGCUGAAUGGGUUCAUGAUAGUUUCUAUA